AUGAGGAAGAUGAAUGCAACGGUGGAUGCGUGGCUGGAAAAGAAAUGGAUAGAGAAAAGCGAACACCGGAAAGUGAAAAUAUCGAGCUGUAAUCCUCCCAGAAUCUACGGUCUUCCGAAGUUGCACAAGGAGGGCAGACCUUUGAGGCCAGUAGUUUCGACGAUCGGAUCCGCCACCUACCAGAUGGCCCAAUUUCUGGCAGGGGUCCUGGAAAAUGUUGUUGGAAAAACAGAACACCACGUGAAAAACAGUUUUGAGUUUGCACAACAGGUAACAGGAAUGCAGAUCCCCGAGGAGCACGUGCUUUUUUCACUGGACGUGAAAUCGCUAUACACAAACGUUCCGGUGCAGUACGCGAUGGAGUGUAUCGCGGAAAGGUGGAGUGAGGUAGCCAGGUAUACGAAGAUCGAUAAACGAAGUUUCUUGGAUGCAGGAAGGCUAGUCUUGGACUCUACUUUCUUCAACUAUCGAGGAGUCACCUACACGCAAACCUUCGGUGUACCGAUGGGAUCCCCGCUGUCUCCGGUUAUAGCGAACAUCGUUAUGGAGCGCUUGGAACAGGAGAGCAUACAGAGGGUGAGUGCAGAACACCUCGAUAUGGUGAUAUACAGACGGUAUGUGGACGACUGUUUUUGCGUUGCACGGAGGGAACAUGUGGAUCGAAUCCUGGAGAUUUUCAACGACUUCCAUGAUAGGCUGCAGUUCACGGUGGAGAAGGAAGAACAAGAGCAGAUCAAAUUUCUCGAUAUCAUGGUAACGAGAAAAGAUGGAAUCCUUGAGAAAAAAUGGUUACCAAAGCAGACAAACGGACGGUAUCUCGAUUUCAUUUCGGAAAGUCCGUACUCCCACAAGCGCAACACUGCGAUUGCCCUAGUGGAUAGGGCUAUCAAGUUAACCGAUGCGCAGCACCGCCCCUCGGCCAUCAGUACAGUGAAGGAAAUGCUGAAAUGUAACAAUUACCCCAAUUGGUUCAUUCAGAAUGUCCUGAAACAGAGGGUGCACAAGCACUACAACGUACUGCAGAACGAUAAGGAGGCGGAUGAAACGAAGUACAUCCCCACGCCGACAACAUAA